AUGGAGAGUGAAAUAAAACGUUUAAAAGACGAAAUAAAAAAAGAGAUGAUUCAAAAAUUCGGAAAAGAAAUUUCACUGACUUCAUUGUAUGAAGCAGUACUGAGGCGAAUGAUUUAUGAUAUCAAAGCUGAUAUAAAAGAGAUGAUAAAGUCGUAUGACAAAGAAAUUAAUGAGGCGAAAAAAAAAUAUAGGGAGCAAGUAUUAAUACUAGAGAAUUUGAUGAGAGAUAAUACUGAAAAAUUGGGUUUGAUGGCUGCAUUGGAAGAGGAGCAAAGAAAAUUGAGAAAAAUAUUAAAACAUAACCCAGAGGAUGAAGAAAAAAUAAAAAAAGUUGAAAAAGAGUAUCAAGAAGAAUUAGCAAAACUUGAGAAAAUUUUAAAAACCCAACGGCAACAGAAGGAAUUAUUUCGUAAUGAAAUAAGAAAUUUGCGUUUGAAAUCUCGCCCAUUGCCGCCAGUUUAUCAGCGCAAGUUCACAAAAGUUCUCAGUCUAGAUGAAGAUUUCAAAUUUAAAGAAGACUUUAAUUCUCUGGAACAUAAUAAUGAGGCUGUCAUUAAAGAUAGAAGUAAUGAUCAAGACGACUUGAUUUCAAUUGAAUCCGACGAAAUAAAUACUGAGAGAAGAAAAUUACAAAGAAUCAUUAGAAGAAUUACUGAAUUGGAGUCGGAGUUAGAAAGUGCGGAGUCGAAUUUAUCAUUAAAUUGGGACGUGAAGCCUAAGAUUGAUGAAUUGUUGUCGAGUAUGGCGAUAAAGCGAGAUUCAUUUACUGUAAUUAGUCUGAUAAAUUAUUUAAGGGAAGAAGAUUCAGUUGAGAAGGCUGUUGACUACUUGGUAAAUAAAUUGUCCAAUUCUGACUCUGAUGUUACUAUGGCGUUACGAGAUUACGCCAGCAAGAUGUUGAGUGAAAUAAAAAUAAAUAUCGAGGCUUCACAGAGAAAUUUUGAGUGUGAGUCAGAUGAUAAUGAGGAGGCGAGUGAAAAAAAAUCAACUGACUAA